AUGAAUUUGGAGAUGCGGGAUUCUUCCAUGUAUGCUUCUAUUUUCAUGUCAUCUUAUAGUUGCUCCUUCAUUUCGUCACCAUCUUCAUGUCAUUUUAACAAACCAAGUCAGGUCAGAUGUCUUCGACUCGUAGGUUGCCAUAACAUUUCAGUGGAGGGAUUAAGUGAAGUGGCUGCAAAACUUCCAUUGUUGGAGGACCUUGAGAUUUCAAACGGUCCGGUGUCAAAAGAACCUCUGGAAGCUGUUGGCCGUUGUUCUCCUCUCUUGAAGUCACUCAAAUUCAACAGCCAUGGCUACAGAAGACCUCGCAUUGAGUGUGAUGAGGAGGCAAUUGCUAUUGCAGAGAACAUGAGUGAAUUACGCCACCUUCAGCUUUUUGGAAAUAAGCUGACUAAUGAUGGCUUGAAGGCAAUACUUGAUGGUUGUCAUCACCUUGAGUCGCUUGACCUACGACAAUGCUUCAAUGUCACUCUAACUGGAAAUUUGGAAAGAUGUGCCUAG